AUGGGAUUUGGGGUGAGGUGGUGUAGGUGGAUCCGUACAUGUAUAUCUAUAGUCCAAUUCUCUGUUUUGGUUAAUGGGUCUCCAGCUGACUUUUUUAGGAGUUUGAGGGGAUUGAGACAAGGGGACCGGCUAUCUCCUAUGUUGUUUCUGGUUAUGAUGAAGGUUUUCAAUAAGAUGAUGAAAAGAGUUAAAGUUGCUAGUUUACUUCGAGGUUUUAGGGCUGAUGGUAGAAGGGGUGAAAGGGUAUGUGUCUCACAUAUUUUGUUUGCGGAUAAUACGAUUCUGAUUCAUGAUGCAGAUGAGGAGCAUAUUCUACAUGUUCGGAUGCUCCUUUGUUUCCAGACUGUGACAGGAUUAAAGGUUAAUGCUUUGAAGAGUGAAAAGGUUCCCAUUGGAGAGGUUCCUAAUAUUCAUGUCUUGGCAGAGAUCUUGGGUUGCCGGAUUGGGUCUUUGCCUAUGACCUAUCUUAGUAUGCCACUGAGGGCAUCCUACAAGUCCCCUACUAUUUGGAAUCCUAUAUUGGAGAAAAUUGAGCGUAAGUUGGCUGGUUGGAAGAAAAUAUAUUUGUCAAAAGGUGGAAGAUUGAUGUUGCUUAAGAGUACAUUAUCUAGUCUUCCGACUUACUUUUUAUCUCUUUUUACUAUCCCUACACUUGUCACCAAUAAAAUUGAAAGGUUGCAAAGGGAUUUUUUAUGGGGCGACUCCAAGACACAUCUGGUGGGAUGGGAUAAGGUGUGUGCACCUUUGGAAAAUGGUGGGUUAGGAGUAAGGAAAUUAACUAAUUUUAAUAAAACCUUGCUAGGGAAAUGGUUAUGGCGGUUUGGAGUUGAGGAGACAAGGUUUUGGAGAAGGGUUGUAGCUCUAAAGUUUGGGGAAGAAUGGGGGGGUUGGACUUCCAAGCUAGAUAGAGGGGUACAUGGGUAUGGUUUAUGGAGAAGCAUCUGA